AAGAAAGAAUGAAAGAAGCUAGAAGCUGCUGGGUGUGACUUCUGAAGCAGAAGGUCAGAAAGCACGGGGUUCCCCUGAUAGUGCACACACCCUGUAAACUUUCAAGCAGCUCCCAGGAAACUUGUUAUUAAUGCUGCAGUCAUUAAAAGGCGCAGCCCACGGCAGAUUUAUUAGCUCAGUAAACCACAACACGUGCCAAGCUCUCUGGAAACAAAAGGGUCUGUCAACUUCACUCCUCUGGCUUGGGAUUUGGUAAGCCUGGGAGGAGAGCGGCGCGGAUGGAGCUGGUGGCUUUUGUCGCGGGGAGGUGGCAUCGCCUCCGUUAGCCGACGCCCGCCAGCACGGCUCGGGAAUGCAAUUCCGCGGCGGCGAAGGCAUCGGAGCACGGCUGCGAGAAAAGCACAGCGAACCCUGCUGAGCUCACGGCGCUCGUCGCGGCAGCGGGACGAGCAGCCCCCGGUCUCCCGAACGGAAAGCUUUCCCCGUGUGCCUGCCAUGAUAAAUCAGCUGCCGCCCGCCUGAAUAACAGCAUUCACGGAAGUUACAGUGGGAAACUUGUCUGGCUGGACACUGUGCCAUUGCUGUGCGGAGAGCAGCCGGUGCCGAUCGCUGGCGUUGCGCUGAAAUAUCGCAUUGAUUGCCGCUCCGGAGCUCGGCCGGCAGCGCCGGGCUAUUGCAGCGGCGAGGAGCAGGGCGAGGAGCACCGGCAGAGGAGGCGCCGGGGAAGGGCAGGGUCGGACCGUCUCGCCGAUCUCUCCGGGAACAAGAAGCACGCUGGAUGUGUUAGAUGCUGAAAGGAGCGGAGGAAGCUGGCACGUCCCCGGGAGGAUUUGCAGGCUGAACUUGGCCGGGGGCUGGCUGUCGGCAGCCAGGCUCUCACAGCACAGCGGGGAAAAGCAUCCUGUGCUCCCUCAGGCAGCCACACAGUGAGCAGCAGUGAGUGUCACCCCUGUGCAAGACUGAACUGGGAGUAAAAGGAGAACAAUGCAUUUCCUGGCCUGGUUCAAUUUGCUGCUUCUCCUUCCUUGCUUUGGUACCACAAAAACCUGCUUCCCUGGCUGCCACUGUGAAGUGGAAACCUUUGGUCUCUUUGACAGCUUUAGCUUGACCAAGGUGGACUGCAGUGGAAUAGGAUCACACAUUGUUCCUGUCCCAAUCCCUCUGGACACCUCCUACUUGGAUCUAUCAUCAAACAAACUGGAAACAAUAAAUGAAUCGAUGCUUACUGGCCCUGGAUACACCACCCUGGUGAGUCUCGACCUGAGCUACAACAAAAUUGCCAAGAUUUCCUCCACGACAUUCUCCAGGCUUAGGUACCUGGAGUCCUUGGAUCUGAGUCAUAACUCUCUGGAAGUCCUUCCAGAGGACUGUUUCUCCAGUUCUCCUCUAAGUGACAUAGAUUUGAGCAAUAACAAACUUUUGGAUAUAGCUAUGGACAUUUUUGCUUCAAAAGGACAAGGCAAAUCCCUGAAUGUGGAUCUAUCCAAUAACAUGCUCAGCACAAUUACAAGACACCAUGAAAAGAGCAUUCCAAACAUCCAGAACUUAAAUCUUUCAGGAAAUAGGCUAACAUUUGUACCAAACCUUCAAGGCAUUCCUCUCCGAUAUUUAAAUCUUGAUGGAAACCCUCUGGUCAAGGUUGAGAAAGGAGACUUCACAGGGCUGAAAGACUUGAUUCAUUUAUCCCUCAGUGGCCUGCAUAGCUUUAGGGAGUUAUCUCCUCAGAGCUUCAAGGAACUCCAAGCCCUCCAGGUUCUGGAUUUAUCCAACAAUCCCAGCUUGAAAUCACUGUCUGCUGAAGUUAUCUUUGGUCUGAACUCCCUACAAGAGCUCAACCUCUCUGGGACAGGCAUCUCAUCCUUGCCAAAGACCUUGCUGAAAUACCUGCCUUCCAUCAAAAGCAUCACCUUAGGGAAGGACAUACAGUGUCUCAAGACCAUCAAAGAAGGACAGUACCACCGACAAAUUGGGCUGACCAAAAAAGAAGUCCUCAGUUGCCAUGACAGCCAUGGAUCCGUAGCAGCAGCACCUUAUGUUUUGUGAUGAAAGCUGGGAAGAAGAAGGGGUGGGGCAGGGAGGGUGGGGGGCCUUGGGAAUAGUACAGGUGUCGGACUGAGAUGGCUUGCAGUGUGCCUUUUGUAAAACUGUCAAUAAUUUAUAUAUUUGUAUUUGCCAAUGGCUGAUUGUUUGUGGAUUUUAUAAACUCUCAAAUCUCGGUCCGCGUUAUCCGCAGGCUCUGGAUUUUAGCCGGCGCACCGAGGUCCUCACUCAUGCCGUUGGCUCAGGAGCGGUGGUGCUGGACCAUGCGGGGACAAGCUGCUCUGCGGGUCCCAGGGCAGAACACUCAGUCUGGAGCAAACCCCUCAUGCCUCAGACACAUUUGUAGGAGCAAAGCUACACCUCUGCAGAGCACACACCAAAAUGUACCAGCUCUGUAGCUGCUUGCUUACAAACCCAUGCAUCAUCCUUCUUUUAAUUGUUACUCCCCAAAAUGUGCCUUCUGGAUGUUGCCUUCAUUAGCAGCACCCUGUUUUCUGUCAUGCACUUUCAGUCUUGAAGAAAUAUUUCCAGACAAACCUGAAUACAGGGUGCACUUAACGUGCUGGGUUUUACAUGUUAUUUGCAUAGGUGUGCAACAAACAUUGAGUAAGCUGAGACAUUUUCCCACCAAUUUCUUCUUGUUUUCCCACCUUGAUCCUUUUCAUGUCAAAUUAACUUAGGUCCAGCUUUGGCAACCUCCUGUCUUUUUAACCUCAGUGAGCCAUUGGUCAGAGGUGAUGUGCAGCGGAGGAAGGGAAGCAGAGGGGUCUGCAAACAGCCACAUCUCACCCAGGAACCAGCCUUUGAUGAAGGAGCCUGCAAAGGGAAGAGAUCAUGUAGCUUAGCUCAGGAAAGAAAAAAAAAUUUAAAAGAAUCCCUCCUCCCUUUCUGGGGAAGCUUGGAAGGAAACUUUGACAGGGAUUCUUUCUUGAUGACCUUAUCAAACCAAGAUGCAGUCCUAGAGGAUAUGAGAAUAAGUUGUUUCCAGGCUGACAUUCCCCAUCUGAGCACAACAUCUGCAGCUCAUCUGGGCAUAUGUGAGGCAACUUGCAGUGCCAAAACACUUCUGAGAACAUGCCAGGGGAAGAAUUAACACUGAUGCUUGUGGCCCUGAAGCACUUUGCUUAUUGAAGGAAAGAUCUUUGGGGUUUUUUCCAGAGUUGGGGCUUUUCUUUCUCUCACACAGCUCCUUUGUUGCCAAGUGAAUCUGAUAAACUGAAAUCUGAUAAAAAGCCUGGUCCUCAAUGUUUUGCUGAUUUUUUUUUGUCUCCAUUGCUGAAAUGCUGGCAAAGUGGAACCCCUCUGGACCCUCUUUUUCUCCAGUCUAGGAGGAAGUGGGAGAAGGCAGCACAACAUGACUCAAUGCCAUGUGUGAAGCCUCCAAUUUGCUUAUAGGAGCAGUGGUGGUGACUGCUGAAGUCUGGUCCACAUCUGGCAUGCUCUGUCCAGGGGGAUGGGAUGUUCUGGAUGGGGGUCAUGCUCAAGCUGAUCUGCAGUUUGGUCUCUAAGCUCUGCAUCAGAGCCACUUUUAAUGUUUGGUUUAGGGAGAUCCAUGUAAAGGUGAUGCAGAUAUAAACUCAUCUCACAAUUGUCCUUGGGAGUGUUGGAAGAAGCUCAGGUUUUGUCCUCAUACCCCCAAAAGUCUUGGAAAGUGGAAACCCUGUUGCCCAAACCCACUGACCCCAUAAAAGUCAGAGUCAACACCUAACUUUGAAUACUGAAAUUUGGUACUGAAAUACUCCCACAUUUCCAUCUAUCUCAAUUUCAAUAAUUUGUUUGUGUAGCUUAGAGUGGGAUUUUCACCCCUCCCUUCAGUUUUGGGGAUUUUUCCCCUCUACUGAGCCUUUGUGAUGUUUGACCAGCCUUCACAAUCACACGAAACGCUGAUUUUCUUAAAAAGGCAGUGGGGCUGCCUAUGGGCAGAGAUCUGGAGGGGAACAGAAACAAACUGCAGGGCAGGACAGGGGCAGUUUGUGAGGAAAGAUGUGGGAGUUUUGGAUUUUGCCUUUUUAAGAGAAUUAUUUUCUGCUGGCAGAAAAUGUAUUUUUUUAAAGAAAGCUGUUUGCUUUUUUAAGCCUGUACAUAGAUGAAACAUUACAGUUAUCACCUACUGUCAAAGUUACUGUCUUUGCAGCACUGUGGUAAUUUAAAACCCAAUGUGACAAUCCAAUUGGAGACUGCAAGAUUUCCUUGUGUAAUCUCACGCUAGCUGCUAGCUAAACUAGUCUUAGCAAAAGCUGGCAAAUACUGUCGCUGUGUUAGUCUGUUUUUUUAAAGAACCUGCAGCAUUGUAAGGCUUUGUGAUUACUCACAAUAUAAUAAAGUGAUUUGGAGGAGAAUAAACCCAGAUCCCCCAGACUUUUUGCUUUAAUGCUGAGCGGGUGGCAGCUGUCACUGGGUCUGAAGUGCAACACGGCUUCUCUCCUUCUCUGCAGAUCCCCACUGCCCCCAUGGGUGCUGGGUCUCCAAACUGGGGGCAGGAUUUGUCCCACGGUGCUUGGCUCACUGUGUUCUUCAGUGAUGGAAAGACUUGAUAGCUUCUCUGGUUGACUUGAAGGAAAUUAGGAACACGUGGCCGUGAAGCAGCAAAGAGCAUGUGGUGCAAAUUCCCUGCUCCAGGACCUGCUCCAAAGCUCAUGGAGCUGGUGGAGAUUUCUUUGUGGAUUUGACCCAUCCGGGACAUGGUCUGCUAGUGUUGAAAGGCUGGAUUUGCAGCAGGCAGGGUGACGUGGGGAGACACAGAAGACCACGGAAGUGUUCAAGAACAUGUAGAUAUGGUGCUUAGGGGGACUGAUUAAGAGAGGACUUGGCAAUGCUGGGUUAAGGGUUGAACUUGAUGAUUUUACAGGUCUUUUCCAUCCCUAAAGAUUCUGUGAGUCUGUGGGGGUGGAAGGGAGUAAAGGGGUGCAGAAGUGAUGCCACAGCACAGAAAGCUGAACAUUGCCUGACCACAGAGCUUCUGGCAGUGAG